GGAUUGCUAACCGAGCUAGCCGGAUCCUCCCGAUUAUAGAAACACGGCUGAGCGUGGUCAUGUUGCACACGGUAGGAUUCAUUUCGUGAAAAAAAGCAGAUCGCUUCGGAAUACUUGCCUCGUUGCUUCAAACGAGGCGAAGGGACUUGUUUUUGGACGGAAUAACAAAGCCGGUCCGAGAGGAUUGCAAAUCUGAGCCGUGAGAGUUAGCUGGCCUAGCCGGACUCGGGAGCUCGUCUCCCAAAACAAGAAUGGGGUCUAGGUCCACUCGGAUUAGCUUGCUAGUAAAGUGACCUUUGAUUGUACUCACUGAUGGCAAAUUUCACGAAUUACCAGGAAGGCAAGGCAGCGAUGUUGAUGGUGGAGACGCAGCAGAGGGACGUGGGGACGAAAUCCGCGGCCGCGAACGGAGACAGCUCGGUUGGGGAACCCCCUUCCCCGUUAAUUAAUAUCGGCGGCGGCGGAGGAGGAGGAGGAGGCGGCUCUCGCUUCCAUCAACAUUUACCGCCCUCCAACCAUCACCACCUCCAUAACCCACCAAAGGAACAACAGCACCAUCACUACCAACUGGCUCCACAGCAUCUUUCCGGAGAAAACAUCGCAGAGUCCCCCGGCAGAAAAGCCUCCUCCUCGUCUCUCAGCCAGGUACACACCGCCGAGGACCCCGCCGCUUCCUCCGCCGCCAGCAGCAGCAGCAGCAGCAGCCAUGUAUAUGCGGCUGUAAACGUCGCCAACACCUCGGACGUUGUGGAUGAUAUCCGAAAAUGUGGCUAUUUAAGAAAGCAAAAACACGGACACAAGAGGUUUUUUGUGCUCCGGGCUGCCAGCCACCUCGGGCCGAGCCGCCUGGAGUACUACGACAGCGAGAAGAAAUUCAGGAACAGCCUGCGCUCUGCUGCCGCGGCCGCCGCCAGCGGUGGAGCGGUCGCCCCUUCUCCACCGAAAAGGGUUAUUUACCUCUACCAGUGCUUCACGGUAAACAAAAGGGCGGAUUCCAAAAACAAACACCUCAUUGCCCUUUACACUAAGGACGAGUACUUUGCUAUUGUGGCUGAGAACGAGCAGGAGCAAGAGGACUGGUACGUGGCUGUCAGUGAGCUGAUGAGUGAGGGCAAAAAAGGGCACGUGGAUUCAGAUGAUUUGGAUGAUGGGUACGGUACAGUCACCCCUGGUACUGUGUUUAAAGAGGUGUGGCAGGUGAAUGUGAAACCUAAAGGACUGGGUCAAACUAAAAACCUCACAGGUGUUUACCGGCUAUGCCUCUCAACUAAAACUAUACACCUCGUAAAGUUGAACUCUGAAACCCCCUGUGUUAACCUUCAGUUGAUGAAUAUCAGACGUUGCGGACAUUCAGAAAGCUUUUUUUUCAUUGAGGUGGGUCGCUCCUCCUCCAUUGGGCCCGGGGAGAUAUGGAUGCAGGUGGAUGAUUCUGUUGUGGCCCAAAACAUGCAUGAGACCAUCUUGGAGACAAUGAAAGCCCUGAAAGCUUUUGCAGAGUUUCGGCCCAGGAGUAAGAGCCAGUCCUCAGGCUCCAACCCUAUGCCAUUUAUCACAACACGGCGCCACCUGGGCAACCUGCCACCGAGCCAGACGGGACUGCAGCGGCGGUCGAGGACAGAAUCAGUCGUCGGCACGCCGCCGUCAAGUAAGAGCUCCGGGGCUAGUGGUUAUCGCUUCCGAACAUCCAGUGAAGGUGAGGGGACGAUGAACCGGCCGUUCCGCUCCGCCACAGGAAGUCUGGUCCACCUGAACUCAGCCCGCGCCCAUCAUAGUCGUCAAGAAGGGGGUGGCAGCAGCAGUGGGAGUGGUGUCGCCACAGGAAAUGCUGGCACAAGCACAGGCAGCGGGCGCUACGUCAGAGCCAUCCAAGGGUCGUCAUCCACCUACCACGCCCGCUCCGCCUCGCUGCCGGUGUCGCACUUCCCCUCCACCACCAGUCCAGUGAGUGUCUCCUCCAGCAGCGGUCAUGGCUCUGUCUCUGACACGCUCACCCGCCCGUCAAGUGCCUCGAUAUGCGGCUCCCCAUCUGACGGCGGCUUCAACUCCUCAGAUGAGUAUGGCUCCAGUCCUGGGGACUUCCGGUACUUCCGUGUGCGGAGUAACACGCCAGACUCCCUCGGCAACACACCACCAAUCAGAGAAGAGAACUGUCUAAAUGACUACAUGGCCAUGGGCUGGAACCGGGAGGUGUUCGGCACCGGUGGGGGCUCUGGAAACAACAGCGGAGGUGACACGCCACGGGACGAGAGCACGUCAACAGAGGAUGACCGCUUUUCUUCAUCGUCCUCACUGAGGAGGAGGACGCACUCUUUUACCAGACCAGCUGGUGGUGCAACUGGCGGUUCUGGAGUGGCAGUUUACCAGAAAAUGACCCAGACCAACUUCUCAUUGGAAGAAGGGUCAGAUGUUGUGUUACCAUUCGGCAGUGGACUGCUCCGUGGCGGGCCGUCCUCCUCCUCGUCAUCGCUCCGCUCUGACUACAGCUCCUGCUCCGAGCACAGCCAGCAGAGCCGUCCCUCCACGCUCUCCCGGACGGAGGCCGGUGGUGAGCGCCCGCCCCUCUCCUCCUCCUCCUCUGCCAAGGAAGACAGCGGCUACAUGCCUAUGAUGUGUGGUGUGGCUGCAUCGCCGCGGGACACUCCUCCCGACUACAUGCCUAUGCAACCCAGCUCGUACUCCCAUCCCGUCUCCCAUUCCCCUCAGUUUCAUAGUCCAGCUUUAGGUCCCCGCUCGGCCCACCAUCAAUCCCAGCUCCAGUCCCAAUCCUCCACAGACUCCCAUGGCUAUAUGAUGAUGCUCCCCGGGGGCAGCGGCAGCUCCCCCUCUCCAGGGCAGGCCUCCCCCAGCCCCCACAGCAUGGCAGGUGCCAGUGGGAGCGACAGCAUAGCAGAAAGACCGGAGAAUGGGGAAUAUAUGGACAUGUCAUACUGCAGCAGUAGCGGCCGCAAGCUCUCAAAUGAAGGGAGCAGCGGGUAUUACACACCUGGCACACCUGAGGGCACUCCGAAGUCUUACAGCCCUUAUUUCUCCCUCCCUCGUUCCUACAAGGCCCCCACCAGAGAGCGAGAUGAGAAAGAGUACGGGGAGUAUGUUCCGAUGAGUUCUCCUGCCAAGCCAGUAUAUUCAUCAGUUGCCACAGCUUCCAUUUCAACACCAGAGAAGAGGGGUGGAGGAGGUAGUAGCACCUCCACCCCCUCUCACCCACCCCCGCCUUAUGGAGCUCACCAUACAACCGCAGCAAUGACGGACCGACGUGUUGUGAGGCCAAACCGUCUCCCUUUAGGAAGGAGAAGUUUCCAUGGUCCACUGCGGGUUAGUGAGCCCUCCACAGCGUCUGCAGGCACCUCCACCUCAGUCCCCGCCACCGUCAGCUCAUCUGAAAGGCCCUCCAGUCCUGGGGAGUAUAUAAACAUAGAGUUUGGGGAUCACUACCCCCAUCAACAACAGCCCCCCGCUUAUCCUCUCUCUGCCCAAGACGAAGCACCUUCCCUGGGAUCCAGUGACCGUCACUCCCCUCACCAGGACUACAUGAGUGUUGAGGUAGCUGCAGACCAGCAGGACAGCGCUGGAUGCUUGGGUAAAAACCAGUCGCCCAGACCCAGCCUUGUCGCCCCCUGGAACCCACCCAGCUAUAUCCGACCCCUGGCUAGCAAUCCUGGGGUGCUGGCCUCCCCUGGAGUCCCCGCCGGUGGUCACUGGAGGUCAAUGGGGGACGACUACACGGACAUGACGUUUAACCUCAGCAGAGGUGAGAGGACGCAAACGAGCCCCACAGCCAUGCUGCAGCAUCUCUGUGUGAUCGAGGGACGUUACGGCCACGUUCCCUCCGCCUCCUCCUCCUCCUCAUCUCCCCCUCUCCCCCCGUCGAGCCCAGGAAGGGUGCCGACACAACAGGUGGAACCCAAGGUGGUUCGAGCUGACCCCCAAGGCAGGAGAAGACACAGCUCGGAAACGUUCUCGUCCACUUCCUCUUCUAAUUCAACUCCCUCGGGAGGAGGACUUGCUCCCACAUCCUCAGCCACCCACCCCACACUGGCCAACUCCACAGCCCCCAACGGAUCUUACCUAAUGGAGGGUCAGGCUUCCAGAUGGGCCAGCUCGGCAUCUUUUGACAGUAUGUGGGUGUCCAUGGAGGGUCUAGGGGACUCGCCGGCUCACCAUGCUCCAGUAAGAGCCAUGGAAAUGGGCUCAGCCUCUGGGACCUCAGCAUCCUCCUCCUCGGGGGCUGGAGCCAGCAGAAUGUGCAGGAACAUGUCUGUGGGCUACCAGAACGGCCUCAACUACAUUGCCUUGGAGCUGAGGGAGGACGGGAGUAAUACGGGAGCCAUGACGUCAGGAGCCGGUAGCAGCAACGGGAGCUCGGUGGCAGCGGCGGCAGGGACGGUGCCUCUGCCGGAGAACGGAGCCUACGCCAGUAUAGACUUCACCAAAUCUGAUGGAGUCACCACGACAACCAAGGACUGAGCGACAGGACGACAGAGGUUCCCCACCUUCCUCCUCCUCCUCAUCUCUCUGCUCGGGGCACUUGACUCUGCCCGUGACCUUUGCCCCUCCCCCACCUGCCCGCUGGUGACCUCUGACCUCUUCACCCCGACUGAGAAGCCGCUCCCUCCUGGAUGCAGAAAACAACAACAACAUCACAAAAGAUGACAAAAACGCUUGCAGUUUUUUAUAAGUGUAUUUCAUCUUUUAUUUUUUUGUGUUUUUUAUGCAUAUCUUGUCCGGGUUUUUUUUUUUUUUUUUUUAAUCAUUUCCCCUCCCCCUUCUCACAAUCGAUGCUGCCAGUGUGCGCUGCUUUUUUUCAACAGACAUCGGUCAGUGAACUUUGGUUGAGGGGGGCGUCAACAGAACCCAAGAUAGUCUUAUUAUCAGAUGGUUCUCCGUAAGGUAUUAAAAAGGGAGGCUGGAAUAUUAGUAAAGGCAUUAUGGUACAAAACUUGGAAACUUUUAUGUUGAAUUUAAAAUAUUGAUUUUUAUCUUUUAUUAUUAUUUUUUUAUCCCAUGCAUAAUCCUUCCUCAACACGGUACCAUACAGUUAUUACAUUGUGGACAAAGUUGUAGAACGUAUUUGUUUUAAAUGAAUUACCCCCUUAAAUGGUACGAGCACGUGGCUGGAUUCAUUUUAGCCUCAGAGGUUACAAGUGGCAUUGCACAAGUACCGUACUUGUUCCCAUAACCAGUCCGCUGCAGCACUCUGUUUUUUUUGUUUUUUUUUUUACCAUUUUACCGUUUUGCGUGGCGUUCACACCCUUCACCUCAGAGCUACGGUACAGCACCAGUAUGGAUUUAUCACAGUGUACUAAUACAAUAGGAAACUUUAAAAGCAUUACUCAUAUUCUGUAGCACAUAUUAUUAUUUAUUUGUCGCGAUAGGUACAAAUAUUCCGGUACAUUUCUUUGUUUGCUUACAGGAUAUCGAUGGUACGCAGCAGGGUGGGGAAUAAACGUCGGCCACUAAUCGAGUGCUGGAAGGUUUUGUCCUAAUCUCCUCUCCAAGCCACUUACCAGAUAAAUGAUUCCUUUAAAGGGACGGUUCGACAUUUUGGGAAAUGUGCUAUCUCAGUUUCUGACAGAGUUAAGGCUCAAACAUACUUUCUGCUUUAAAUCACGCACAUGAAUCACAUGAAUCCAUUCAUGGUACAAUAAACGCUGCGUUUCAGGCCCCGGCAGUAAAUGGGAAGGCUGGGCGGUGAGCUUAUCGCCCUACUGACGACAUCGGGUGAAAAAUGAAACUAAAUGACGACUCUCAAGCUCAUGAAAUAAUAUGAUAUAACCUGUUUGUUUGACCUGUUUUCACCUGCUAAGUGUAAAAAUGAUUAGUCGCUGUUUGAUGGGAGGUUAUGUGCAGGGAAAUUUUCCUAAAGUUUUACGCCUGUCCAAAAUUUACACUUUGGUUUUUGUGCAGGUUGAACAAACAAAAUAUAACAAGUUAAUUAGUGAGCUUCAGAGCUGUCUGUGGGUGGAUUUUGUUACUUUACGACAGACAUACUUGAAGUUUUUAUGCUACAUUAAGAUGACUAUCACUACAUAUUGCACAGUCUAAAUUAAGAGUGGUAUCGAUCUUUUCAUCUAACACCAAGCAAAUAAGCGUCUUUCCCCAAAUAUGUUUAAAAAAAAAAAAAUUAAGAAGAAAUAAAAGUGGCUUGUGAAGGUUUUUGGAAUUCGGCUGCUGUUGCCGGUGGAUGGGAAAAGUUGUUUUACCGCCCUGCUGCUUGGUUGGCUUGCGUUAUCUGAAACCGAAGCAGGUGUUUUAGUACUUUUUUUUUUUUUGUUCAAAUUUUACCUCAUACGGUCCGUAGCACAGUUCAGAUUAGUGAGGGAGAGUGGCACCAACACACACACACACACACACACACACACACACACACACACACAAAACGCUGUGAAAGGUAAAAGCACAAAGUACAGGCGUUGACACUGGGAUGCAAACACAAGACUAAUGCACACACACGACAUCUCUGCAAACGAACUGUAUACUGUACAGCAGUGGCAUGUAUGCACACACACACAUGCAGGCCUGUGCGUCAUGAAGGCGCAUGUCACGGUCAUGUGGCGUUUCCAAUGCAGGCUCUCAUAACACAUACAGUAGUCAUGCAGCCCUAUUUAGGCGAGGGUAACUCCUGUGUGCCCCCAUUUCGGCUCUUUGUCAGCGGCUCUUGGUGACGCACGCACACAAACGCACACACAUAUAUAUGCAUGCUGGGGGGUUCGUCACUGGCUCUGAGUGACGUAAAGAGGUUUCCAGUAACCUGAGCUCCAGCCCCAGGUGCAGCGCGCUGGUCAUACUUGCCCUGCUGCAACCUCACACACACACAUACAUUUAUGCACACACAUAUUCGGACAGGCAGUGAACACCCACAUCAAUCACAGUCUUAGCUAGAGCUUGCUGCCUCUUCUCUCUCACACUUUUAACAGACUGAGACGCCCAUAUUUAGCAUUUCUACUCGCGCAACUCUCCCAUGACUAUUACCCACACGGCUGUUUUCAUAGAAGGAAAAUGUGCUUAAAUAAAAAGACUGACAGCUAACAGAGCCCACAGAAUUGCAAUUUUUUGCUCAGUAUUCACUCUUCUAAUGCUACCUUCGCCCCGUUUCUGAUUUUUCCUUCAGCCCACUCUGUUUUUGUUGUUUUUAAUUUGUUUGGACGGAUGAAGGCCUGUCACUCUCUUGUGCUUUUUGUGUGGGACGCGUCAUUGUCGUCCUCUUAGAGCCCCGCACAGCAGGGAUGCUGAGGGACUGAGCCGAGCUAUCUUUAAAUAAUUGUCAAAAAUCGGGUUUAGAGAGAUUUUUGCAGCCGUGUAGAAGUUUGAAUGACUGCAGGGAAUGAUCGCAAAAUGACGGUCAGCUGGCUGCGAUUGACAGCUUUCUUGGUGCCCUCCGAACUGCGUUCAAUGUUAAAGAUUUUUUCGGAAGUUUUGACUUAUUGGAAAAUAAAAGGUUUUUUGGACAGAUGACUGCUUGGUGCACAUGCUAGGGUGAUAUACAGUCCAGUGUUCUUUAUGUUAGGUAAAGUUUGAAAACUAGAAAACAACUUUCCAAACUAUAAAGCUGCAGAAAUCCAAAGUGACUUUUAUAAAUGACCUAAAGAUUCCUAACGAGCAAAAACAGAGAUUUGAUUUGUUGCAAAUAAGCUGUUUCUGCUCAUUUCAGUGGAGGCCCUGAAGCCCUGAAACAUUUUUCGUUUUAAUACCUUGUGCCGUAUUAUCUUCUUUGCACAGUAUAUUAUUUUGUGUCUACAAGAUUAAAACAAAUUAUCUUUUAUCUUGUGUGCACACAGAAAAAGAAAAUAUUUCGGAACUUGGGAGGCUACAGGAGUUGAACAGUUAAGUGUCACUUUUUGUGUGACAUUCUGCUGCUCCAUCUGUGCCCAGAGUAUGCUCUUUGAUCCGAGAGGUUUGUGAAAUGAAUAUAUUCCAACAGUGCUCCAGCUCCAAAAUUAUAAAAUAAAUACACGGUGGGAGAUGUUUUAAUCAUGGCAGGCCACCUCGCAUAAAUAAUUCCGUAUGGAAACCUUACAGAUCUGUAAACGUGACAUGAUUGAACGGCAUCACUUUUGAGAUACCUCUUGAUAUGUUAUUUGUUGUAUGCUAAAGUCGUAGCAUGUGCACCAAACACAGCUCUCUACAAGACGAUUUUUAAACGAUGAAUUACAAUUUCCAAAAGGUUAAAGUGAUUUUUCUAAAUAUCAUGUUGAAAACCCAAAGAUCAAAUUUACAAUGAUAGCAAACAGUGAAAAACCGUAAAUACUUACAUUUUGGGAAGCUGAAAAAGACUAUCAUUCAACUUUUCUUAGUUUGAGUCACCACAUAGUUUUCUGCAUUAAGGCAAUCCAGAGUGUUUCAGGCAUGUCAAAAGUAUCAAGACUGACCUUCGUGAAAUCACCAAAACUUUCCAAAUUCUACUCCUAGACAAAAGCUCACCCAUUAGGUGCGCCACUUAAAGCAAAUAUCCAAAUAUUUUCACCUUUUCCCUUCGUCCCAUUUUUUCAAAUAUCAGUAACCACAGAGCCAAAAAGGUCAAAAAGACAUCAAGGAAAGAUUUCUAAGCCAGUGACCUGUCUUAUAUGUAAAUUUUGAACAAUUUGAGAUAUUUUUCAUUUGCUCCCUCGUCCCCUUUGAACAAAGUAUAUAAGAAUAUUUAGGCUGCGUUGGCCCGAGAGACGAUUGAGAACAUUUUUGUUUCUUAUGUUUUGGAAAAUGUUUUGUGUUCUUACUAUGCUACAGCGACGUGUUGCUUUUGAGUU